UCAACGCAAGAACGAUGGGCAUAUAUCGAACAUGGUUGCAAGGGCACAAGUCAGCGGAAACGAUCUGCGGUCCCAAUUGCACACUCUGCUUCAUUCUGUUCUCUUCCUCGGUUUAUGUUGCUGCUCCACGGAAGAUGGCUGUCGAUGCUUUUCUCCAAGAGUUUCCUAGCUCAGUCGUGGAAUACCUUGAUGGUGUUGAACGAGGAAUAUUCACCUAGUUUCCCCCAAACCGAAGAUCAGCUUUUUGCUGCCAUUGCAGUUCCCAGAUAUAUAGACGAAAUCUAUAUUGCAGAAAGUAUAAGGAGUCAGCCUCCAUCGUCUCCAACCCCUUCUUUUUGCACCAAGAGGACAUCCGCAUACCUACUUCGGUACAAAUCAGCCACAGAACAGACGUUCAUGGAUGAGGAAAGCAGGAUGCGACAGUCGUCCUCGGGCUUCUUGUAUCUGUUGCCGUCAUGGUUCGCCCAGCAUUCGACGGUGAUAGUGAAUACUAUGAAAACAACGGUGGCUUUUUCAGUAGCCGGAUCAGCAGUCACUGUGGCUGCUUCCGCCUCGAGACACUUCAGUUGGUUAUGGCGUUAGAACAAGGUAGAAGGAAUCAAAGUGAAGCACAGAUCACCAAGGCUUUGCAUUUGUCAUCUGAAAGUAUAGAAUAGAAUUAAGAGCAGCAUCACGCCGCCCUCUUGAACAGAAAGAAUAAUAAUAGUCUACACAAGAGAAGACAAAGAGGUGCCGAAAAAGGAUGUCGGUCUAUACACUCUAAACUUCGCUACAAUAAGCCAUGCAUCGAUUAGAAGUUCAUCAAGUCUGU